AUCAUAUUUAUCUUGUUAAAGUGCGUUAUUUAGAACAUUUGUUUUUCCAACGCCCGAAAACUUGCUACACAAUGGAUUACAAGCUCGUGCAUAGUGUGCAAUACGAGGACUGCAAUGUUCACAGAAGUAUCAGUAAUGAAGCCGAGUCAAUGUGGUACAAGAGACCGGUAUGGAAGGGAUUCUGUGGAGGUCUAGCUAUUGGUAUACUUAUCUCAAUUGUUAUUUGUUUGGUUGCUGGAACUAUUUUGUUCAAGGGAUGUCAUAGAAAUAUUAAUUGUGAAUCAAGUCAAAGUUUGCAGUACCAGGCCAACAAAUCUAUAAAUGAAAGUGAAGGAAUUACAAUCGAUAUAAAGCAAUUUUCUACACCAGCGACGACAACUUUUUAUCAGCCACAAUCCACUGCUGCUCAGAAAACAAUGCACACAUGCCAAGUUGCAGGAGGAUGUAACCAACCACCUCAAUUAAAAGAUGGAAUGGAAUGUCUGUUUGAAUCUAAAGAUGGCAGAGCAUCUGUCCGUUAUACGUUACUAACUAAACAGAAUGUUGAUACAUUUGAUCAUUGUCCGGUGUCGUAUUGUCAAGGACAAAACUACUGGAGCGUGUUCAAUGCGUCUUUAUCAGCAAAUGAAUGUUAUACAACCGGUUCCUAUGGUGCGGUGUAUAAAGGGAAGAUUACAUGUACAGUUACUGGUCGUGCAUGUCAAAGAUGGGAUCGUGAUUAUCCACAAAAAAGAAAUAGGAAACAUAUACCAUCAAAUUCUGAUGAUCUCCAUAGUAACUACUGCCGGGAUCCUGGACCUCCGUACGAUGGAUCCCCAUGGUGUUAUACAACCGAUCCUAAGGUCAGAUGGGAAUUUUGUCACGUUCCACUUUGUUAAAAAAUAGUUAUUGUAAAAACUAAUGCAGCACAUUGGUGUAUUCAGUGGGAAAAUGUGGAAUUCCGGAACUCAAAACGCUUUAUUUCCCGAAAUUGUUUUUUUUUCUUUUAUUUUAAUUUUACUACUUAAAUACACUUUUUUCAUGAAUAUUGGAUUAUCUAUUUCACCAAAUAUUUCAUUCUAUAGAGUAAACAAGAUAAUCUGUU